GACGCUGUACUGGCCCCAGCACAGACACAGAUCUCCCAGACACCUGACCCUAUUGAUGAUGGGACAGCUUUUAUUUCAAAUGAGCUUGAGGCUCCAGAAAUAGUUGAGGACUCUGCAAAUGGCUGUGACUGUGUAGAAGAAGGGGACUCUGGCCCUGAAGAAUUACCAGACACUCGGGAAUCAAGUGAGCCUGCGGUUGAGAACACAGAGGAGUACUUUGACACACGCUCAUGGCACAGUGACACUUUCUCAGACAUCAGCCCUGAUAGCUGCGAAGACCCGGCUUUAACAGCGCCAGGGCCUGAUAACACAUGCACUGAGUGGCAACUGGAAUCUACCUUUGAACCUAAAGCAGACCAGUGUGAAAACAGCUUGGAGUGCCAGCCAGCGUCUUUGAAUCUUAAUGGGGAAACACAUAAAAAAAUCUGUGACAGGCUCCAAAAUGUAAAUGAAGAGUUUUCUGACAAUCUCCAUUUAGAGUCGCAGUGUCCAAGUUGUGCAAGCAAUGAGUGUCCCCUUUUGCCGGAAUGGGGACAACAGCCAGAUGCAGAUCCUUCAGCGAGUACAACUGGGGACAAAACGUUAUCUGAGGAAGCUGGACUUCCCCAUGUUUCAAAUCAAACUGUUCCUGAAAUUGUUACGCUGCCUGCUGCUGGAAUUUCAGAGAAUGUGGAAUCAAGCUUAACAAAAUCACAGUCUAACUCCACUGAGGUAUAUACUGAUGACACACCUCUAGAGUUUGAGGUUGGAACUGCAUCCUCUUUCUGGCUUUCUGGCACAGAAGACACCACGCUGACAGAAGAGGAUGGAAGGCAGCAGAAGAAUCUUACUCAGAGCUUCUCGGGUUGCGGGGAGGACUUAGAUGAUGAGACGAGUUUAGAGACUCGAAAGCUUGUUGCAGACCUUCUGGAGUCAUUCAGUCAGGACAAGGUGGAGCAAAAUCGGGACGAGGACAAACCUGAAACGGAGUACAGUCAGGCUUGUGGGGAAAGGGAAGGAUCCUCAGCUUCAAACUAUCCAGAGGGAGACCUGCAAACAGCACAACCUGUCGAUGUUCUGGUAGCACCCUCUGCUGGAGAGGCAGUGCAAGAAUUCCUGGGUUUUCCAGAUGUCGACUGUGACCUCAUUUACUCCAGCAGCUCAGAAAUUGCGGGUUCAACCAAGCAGGACCUGAACACCUCACUACAUGAACACAGUGAACAGUUAAUUCAUACCUCAUUAGAGAGCGAGGAUGUUUGUUUUCUGCAAGGAAAAUCUGUACAAGAUGCAGACUCUAGCACAAGGACAUUUAGAAGUUUAGAUAAUGUAGGAUUAUACAAUUUAACAAAUAAGGUGGAAUUUGAUUCAUGCAGUCCCAUUAACAGCACACCUGAUAGUGCAGGUAAUUUGCAGUUGAACAGUAAACAAUCUGCAAAUGCUAACUCUUAUCCAAUUUCUGAGUUAGUUGAGGUGACAAGAAAAAGAUCUGUGGAAACUGAGCAUGUUGGUAAACCUAAUAGACUUGAGGAAACUGACUCUUUCCAGGAAGAAAAUCAAAAAACAAGUUACACAGAUCUGGAUGAUAUUCCAGUGAGGAGGAUAGAAAAUACAUUGGGCACAAAUUCCUUAAUUUGCAAACCAGUGAAAUCAGAAUUGAAUCAGAUAGAAUGUAGUACUCCACCUGGGCAAACCCAUUACACGGAAUUUCUUGCCACCUCUGAAACACAGUCAGACACAAAUAACAACACAGAGACAAAUUUAGAGUCAUGCACCACUGAUCCACUUAAAACAACAGAGUUAGUUAAGACGCAAGAAGAUGUCCCUACAGAGGAAUUAAUCCGAACAGCUGAGGAAGUAGUAGAUUCACUCUUAGAAGAGAUUAAGAAUCAUUCCGAGAAUGACACUGUAAAUUCCUCUUCUUUCUGUGAAGAAGUCUCUGACCACUGUAUUCCCAUUCAUACAAGCAUAGACAAUGAUACAACCUCUUCUAGCUGUUCAGAAUGUGAAAAUAACACUGCCGACAUUGAAGACACUUUAAGCACCCUGGACUAUGUACCAAACUGGAGCAGUGAAGAAUCCAUUUCAGGUCUAGAAGCAAUUCAAUUUGUCUGUGAACUUGAUGUUUCUGUGGAGGAAGCGUUAGAAAGAUUUCAGGAGAGCGAUUUGUUGAGUGACUUCAACAAUACAGAUAGCAUCAGCCAAGAGGGUGACUCACACAGCACAGUUCCCUCAGAUACAGAUACGAACACUGGACGAAAUGUAGACGAUGACCAAAUAAAUUUAAAGAUCAACACACAUACUGCAAGUUCUCAAGUACAAACACGCAAUUCUGAGAACAGAAGAAGAAAAUCCCUUUGUAAGGAAAAGACAGAAGAUGUAGAUUGCUGUGUAGAUAAAGGACGGGGGUCACUAGCCAGCUACUUGGAAACUAGAGGAAUAUAUUUGCAAACCAUAGAAAAUGAAGUGUACAAUGAAGAUAUAGCUAAAGAAUCAACAGUUACUAUUGAGGCAAGAGCUUGUAAAUUAACUGAAGAAUGCAAUGAAUCAUUUGACAACAAUUCACAGUUAGAGCAAUUGUCCCAAGACAUUGAGGGAGUGCCAAACAUAGAUCUGGAUAUAAGCUCAGAUGUGAAAUUGGUCAUAAAUACAGACCCUGUUUUUGUGGAAUCUGAUAAUAGUCAAGAAAAAUCAUCUUCUGUAACAUAUGAAGAUGGUUUAGCUGCAAGUGAGGUAGAUGAUUCUGACAUUUCUUCAGAGUCUGGUGUCUUAUUGGGCACAGUAACCUCUGAGGAGGACCAGGGCAUUAGCGGUGAUAAACCUGCUUUUCAAGGUACAGCAGUUACAGUCCAUAGCACAAAGGCAGAUUCGGUCAACACAGGUACAGAACUACAGAAAAGAGUUUCCCCAGUGGAGCCUAUCACUAGCAAGAUGAUGACGCCUCUCAUCAAUGGAUACGCAACAAGUGAAGGUCCGCACAGUCCAAUGAUGGUGACCCAGGAUGGCACCGGCACCAACAGCGAGGACAACAUGCAAAUGAUUCUUGGGAACAAUGCUAGUGUUCACAAAGCUGCGAAGAAACAAGGGUCAAAGAGUGGCUCUAUGGGAAAGUCUUCCAAGUUUUCUGUGUUUUCUAAGAUGCCUUCUUUUAGAAGGAGUAAAAAUUAUACCCGGGAGGGCAAGGACAAGGUGGAGAACUCUGCUAGGGACCAACAGGAUAGCAGUGGAGAGAAAAGGGAAGGCAGCUCAGGCAAGAACAGUCCACCAGUUUACGUGGGUCACUCUUGUUAUUACAAGGCACACCUGCCUAUUAGCAUGGAAACACUCCAGUCCUCCCUAAAGGAAGAGGAGCAUCAGACAGAUAAUUCGGAUGAUGAUGUGUUUGAUAAGGACAGUGUUUUUAAUCAAACAGUGAAAAAGGAUUUUGCUGACAGUCUGUCUGAAGCAGAUGAAAACAGUUUUUACCCCCUUACACCCAGAACCAAGCACAUUACAAAACGUUUUAACCAGAACUCAAGCUCAGUGGACACUGAUACAGUCAGCAACCCAGAGUGUGAAAAUCUUAAGAGCUCACAAACAGGACAUGGAGUGGCCUACAAGAGAAGCAAAAGUACAGACAACCUGAACUUGCGCAUGAGGCUAGCCCUGGCUCACAAAUCCUUAUCCAGCUUCUUUGAGUCCAAAAUUACAGAUAAGGAAAGCGAGGAGCAACUGCCAAAGAGUGUAAGUGAUGAGACCAGGUCAAAACAGGUGUCCUGGAGAAAGUUCAAAAGGACCAAGGAAGCAGAGAUGUUGAAAAGAGCCAUGUCGGUCCCAGACGCCCACAACACCAGGCCUAGGCGGCAUAUCCACAGUGACUAUGCCUCCAAGACUACACAGGAAAUGGCAGAUUGCCAUGGGACUCCUGCCAGCCAGAGAGGCAGCCAUCUCAUGGACUCCCUGAGCAAGAGCCAGGAUGCUUUAGAGAUGGCAACAGAGGAAGUCAAGCCAGGAGAGACCAGAAAGAAAAGAGGUGCACCUAACGGGCUGUCAAUAGUGUGCUCAGAUUCCAGCUUUCCAACAUUGAAUGCCUCGAGGACUGAUUGUGAAGCUCUUCCUCCAGGGGACUCCAGCCCUUUGUCUCCUAUAAGUCCCAGCAACCUGGCUGCUCCAGCUAAUCAGCUGACACCCUCUUGGUCCAGGACUUCCCCACCCUCCGAAGGGAUGGAAGUUCCCUUGAGGCCGAUGAGCCCCAAACCUCAAAGCCCACGCCCUGGGACCAACAGGCGGAGUUUUCGGUACCCUUGCCGGGCCAGUGCCAUAUCCCUGAUUUCCCUGGGCAUCGGUGCCAGCGUGGAGGGACUGUCUGAUCCACCCGAGCGCCCAAAAACAUUGAAGCCUCGAGCCUCCCAGCUCCUGUCCCUCCACUCCCUGGACACGGACUUCCGGAAGGAAGAGGGGAGCGCGGGCAGCCUUGUUAACUCCACUUCAGUCAGCGACUUCAUGAAAGAUGAGGACGUUAGUAAACCAGCAAGCCCAGCGACACCAGAAAAAAGGGUGCUUGAUCAGGUGGCCAUGCUGAGAACCAAGCGCCUCGCGCAGACCUCGCCUGUGCCGAGACCUCUCUCUGACCUGGGCAGCUGGACCCUGCCCUUGCACAGGCGGGGGGAGAUGCCGCUCGCUGCUGGGGAAGGCAGGAAGGCCAAGGGGAGGCGCUACUGCUCGGAUGACCUGUGGAUAGAGGAGGAGAAGAAACGCAAGAGGAAGAGGGCCAGGGAGGUGCAGAGCAGCAUGGGCAGGCUGGCUGUGGAGCUGCCUGAGGAGCUGGAGAAAGUCAGAGCACGCCUGUCCCUGACUCCCGCAGUGCCCUUUCCCACUCUGCCCCUGAAGGACCAUUGCUUCUCCCAGAGUACCCCAAUUGGCCUGGACUGCUUGGGCUGGCGGAGGCGAAUCUCCUAUCCAGCAGUAAUCCCGGAUGGAGCCUCUGACAGGACUGGGCUAGGCGAUGAUGUGGGCAGCGAGGAGGACCUGUACGAAGACUUCUGCAGCUCCAAUCAUCGUUUUGGACACCCAGGGGGGGGCGGCGAGCAGCUGGCGAUAAAUGAGCUGAUCAGUGAUGGCAGCGUGGUCUAUGCAGAGGCACUCUGGGACCACGUCACUAUGGACGACCAGGAACUGGGCUUCAAGGCGGGUGAUGUCAUCGAAGUGGUAGAUGCCACAAACAAGGAGUGGUGGUGGGGCAGGAUCCUGGACAGCGAGGGCUGGUUUCCAGCAAGCUUCGUACGGCUCCGCGUGAACCAGGAUGAGCCCAUGGAGGAGUACUUAGCCAAGCUGGAGGACGGCUGUGAGGAGGAGACCGGCGGCGCAGGGAGGGGGCUGGGGCCGGGUCUGCCUAGCAAGGAGCAAAUGAGAUCCAACGUCAUCAACGAGAUCAUGAGCACGGAGAGGGACUACAUCAAGCACCUCAAGGACAUCUGCGAGGGCUACAUCAAGCAAUGCCGGAAGAGGACAGAUAUGUUCACCGAAGAGCAGCUCCGCACCAUCUUUGGCAACAUCGAAGAGAUUUACAGAUUCCAGAAGAGGUUCCUCAAAGGCCUAGAGAAGAAGUUCAACAAGGAGAAUCCAUACUUGAGUGAAAUUGGAUCCUGCUUCUUAGAGCAUCAAACAGAUUUCCAGAUCUACUCUGAAUACUGCAACAACCACCCCAGCGCCUGCCUGCAGCUCUCCAAGCUCAUGAAGGUCAACAAGUACGUGUUCUUCUUCGAGGCCUGCCGUCUGCUCCAGAAGAUGAUUGACAUCUCCCUAGAUGGCUUCCUCCUCACCCCGGUCCAGAAGAUCUGCAAGUACCCCCUGCAGCUGGCUGAGCUGCUCAAGUACACCAACCCCCAGCACAGGGACUACAAAGACGUGGAAGCUGCCUUAAACGCCAUGAAAAAUGUUGCCCGGCUGAUAAACGAGAGGAAACGCCGCCUUGAAAACAUCGACAAGAUCGCACAGUGGCAGAGCUCCAUAGAGGACUGGGAGGGUGAAGAUGUUCUCAGCAGGAGCUCAGAGCUCAUCUUCUCUGGGGAGAUGACCAAAAUUUCCCAGCCACAGGCCAAGAGCCAGCAGCGCAUGUUCUUCCUGUUUGACCAUCAGAUGGUGUACUGCAAGAAGGACCUGCUGCGUCGCGACAUGCUCUACUACAAGGGAAGGAUCGACAUGGACCACAUGGAGGUGGUGGACCUGGAAGAUGGGAAGGACAAGGACUUCAACGUCGGCGUGAAGAACGCCUUCAAGCUGCGCAGCCCCAGCGGCGAGGAGGUCCACCUGCUUUGUGCCAAGAAGCCCGAACAGAAGCAACGGUGGCUCCGCGCCUUCGCCGACGAGAGGCGGCAGGUGCAGCAUGACCGCGAAACAGGUUUUGCUAUCACAGAGGUCCAGAAGAAACAAGCUAUGCUGAAUGCCUGUAAGAGCCACCCAGCUGGGAAGCCUAAAGCCAUGACCCGGCCUUAUUACGACUUCCUGCUGAGACAGAAGCACCCCACCCUGCCAGCUGCCCUGCCCCAGCAGCAGGUCUUCCUGCUGGCCGAGCCCAAACGCAAGACCUCCAACUUCUGGCAGAACAUCGGCAGACUGACGCCCUUUAAAAAGUGAGGAGGAAGAGCUUGUGCCUGAAUGGAAAUUCAAAGGACUUUUUAUUCAUUAUUUUUAAUUUCCUUACUGUUAUUAUUACUAUGAUUUUCUGUGAGAAAGCACUUUAUAGGUUGGUUACAAUCAGACUUUGAGCCUGUGCUCCCGGACUCUGUUUAUAAUUUGGGAGAAGGUCAGCAUUACUGCUAAAACUUAGCACUUCAACUACAACUACUACUACAACUGCACCUACUACUACUCCUAAUAACUCUUCGAUAACAUCUAUUUAUUUGAUAGACCUUGACUGAAGAAAGGACUUUUCUCAGCGUUUGUUUUUUUUCAUUGAAUGCCAACUGUUCACAGUGCCAGAUUUCUUUUUUUUUUGUGUGUAAUUGUAAUUUAAGGUCUAUGAGCAGAGGAAAAGAAAAGGGUUCCAUGUAGCACAGCAUCGCAUUUUGCUAAGUGAUCCCCAAAUUUGAUGUCAUUCUACUUGUUUUAUUUUAUUAAGGGAUUUUGGGCAGCAGAUUCCAGUGUCUGCACGUUUAUGCAAAGAUAAAUCUUCUUUAUUCUCUGUCUAGGUGACAUUUCACCUGAAACACAACAGGGAAGGCUUGUCUGUUAAGUAUAUUAUGUAUAUACAGGGCCUGAUCCAUUAAUUUUCUGUUAUGAUAAUUUAUUUUUAUUAAUGAGCUUCUUUUGUGAAGUGCCAUUUAAAAACUAUAUUUAGAAACCUUGCAGAAAUUUAAGAAUUGCUGCUGCUCAGCAAUUAUUGAGAACAUUUUUAAAUCCUCUGAUAAUCAAACCUUUGCACAUUCAUUCAUUGUCCAAUGAAUAAAAGAUUGAGCAAAUGUUAUUUUACAUUGCAUUAAAUCAAAGCGAUUGAGACCCUGGAGCAGAAAGUAUUUGUUUUUAAAAGUAUGUUGAACAAGCAUUGCCUCACAGCAAAUUUAAAUUUAGCCGGAAGAAACCUUGUCUAAAAUUGUUUAAAAUAACCACACAAAAUAAAUUACGUGCACAGAGAAUGUGCAGUUACAACAAUGUAUUAAGGGCAUUUUAUGAACAACUUAGAAGUUUUUUAAUCUAGCUCAUUAGGUUCAUACCUAUACUUUGGUUUCCUUCUUGAACGGGAAAAUGCUGAAUUUGUGUUUGAUUCAUGUGAGGAAAAAGUUUACAACAACUUUAAAGUUAUUGUGAACAGUUCUGGAUCAGGCCUGUUACACAACAGCAGUGCCGCUCUCCAAACAAUACUCCCAGGGACUGAACAGAUUUGAUAAUAAGAUGGUACUUAACAUUAAAUCUCAAUAGUUUGUUUUGGAAAGCUGGCUGGCAACCAAAUAUUUAAUAAAAACAAUAAUGGCAAAGGUACUGUAUAUUUUUAAGAGAAUGCCAUUAGGACAAAAAUCUCUUAAUUGUAUUCCAGAACUGAUAUAUUUUAUGGUUUAAAAAAUUUUACUUAAGCAUGUAAGAUUGCAAAAUGUGCCUAUACUGUAUUUUAACAAUACAGAAGUAAUUGUAUGUUGUUUUUAAAUAUUAAAAUGCAAUUUUUAAGAACAAGGCCAAACUAACUCACAGCAUUCAUCAUCAGCUCAUCUUUUCAAAAACCUGUUACCAGUAUGAUUCCAGACUGGACUCAGUAGUACUGGCAGUAUGUGAAUUUUUGCCGUUUGUGGGGAAGACUAUCCAAAACCAAGGUCAUUAUGUGUGAUAGCACCAGCAAACAACCCCAGCCCGUCUGUUUUGAUUCCUCUGGGGGGUCCCUACUAGAACACAUUCUUGAAACCUCCAAGUCUGUGAGCAGUGUUGUUUCCUUGUGUAAGGGAUGACAUUUAAGAUCAAUGAGGUGUUGUGGGAAAUUGCUCUUAAGACAUAAAGUAUUUCUUUAGACACACUACAAAGAUCACUUUAAGUGAUGACUUUUUAAUGUUUUUUUUUCCCUUCACUAGAAAAGUAAUUCCUUACACAAAUAUUGGAAUGGAUUAUGUUCUAAAAGUAACUUUCCCCAACACUGCUUGUGAGUUUCAUGGAUUAGGACUGGCUACCAGCAUUUUGAACUGUACAUGACUCUGAUGCUGAACUAUUUAAGAACAAAUGACAUGCAAAAAGUACUAAAAAACAUAUAACUUAUAUAAAAAAUGACAAAUUAAUGAACAUCACAUAAAUCUGUAGGGGCCUAAACUAAUCUGUUUUGAUUUACUAUUUGUAUAUGUAGAAAAGGUCCACGGUGUUCCAGAUGUUGACUUGUAUGUCAUGGCAGUACCUCACAGAGAGGAUUAGCACUUCAUUAUAUUUCUGUAAUGUCAGCAUCAGACACAGUUCAGUCAUUUUAAUGGCGGCUUUUCUAAAGGCUGUAUAGCAUGCUGAGGUAUUUUCUCGAAGAAUCUACAUUGCCCUAUUUUUUCAGCAUCUUUCAGACAGGGAGAAGCAGGAGCACAGUGAUCUGACGAGAUCAGCCCACUGUACGGAAAAAAUUCUGUCAGCUUCACAGCAGUGAAGAUGCUGGAGACAGUACAGUCGAUGCAGCAGCGCUGCAAAUUUUUUUCUGCUUGACAGAGCCACUGCUGACAGGAUCUGCAAUUGUUAGGCUGAGAAAUUUCACAGCUCCGAAGGCCAUUCUUUUAAAAAUAUCUUACUCUUUUCGUCACUUGUGUCCCGUCAAGUUCACCUUUUGAACACCUUUCAGGCAAGUUUCUGUUGUCAUCAGGGGUCAGAACCAGUGUGUCAUCCGUGUAAAAGAGGCACUGAACAGAUUGCAAGGAACAGAGCAGAAGUACUGCUGGAGAACUACAGUAUGUGGCUUAAUUAACAGUGUUAAAGAGGUUGUGAUCGCAACUUAAUGUUCUGUGUGAAAAGCAAAGUGGAAGGCAGAAGGCACAAAAGCCAAAGCAUUAUUUUAAAAGGGAUCUUUUAUUUAUAUUUGUAGGAUAACCCCUCCCUGCUUUUACAGCACCUCAAGAGCUUAACCAGCUAUUUCCUCAGCAAGACCUCCAGUUUCUCCUCAGCAUGUGUAACAUUUCAUGCCCUCUUGUGGUAAAUUUGUAGGUUUCCAACCAGUUUGCACAAGUGGAUCGCCUGUUUAAUUUGUAUGUGAUGUUCUGGACAGGUUUGUCUAUUUUAAAAGGACUCUUUUCUUUCAGCUUGUCAACAGGAUUCGAAAAUGGAAGAUGAGGAUUAUUUUGUGUACUUUCCCAAAAGACUGCAUCCAGAAUUCUGCACGUAGUUUUUCAGAACUCAAGCUUUGUAUGUAAAUCGGAAGCACUUGUGCAAGCUUUAGCUCAAAAGCACUGCUCGAUUUUAAAAUUAGUCUGACCUGGUUUUUCAAAAAGAACAAAACAGCUCAUACAUUAGGUCACCUGAUUCUAUUAUUAUGCCAGUGUGAAACUGCAUGCCAAACCGCUUGGAAAAUGGUCUCAAACCAAUUGGAUUUUUUUAAAUCUGGAGUUCUGUAUUUCCUGAUCCCAACAACUAAAAUAAUUGUUGUUGCAAUAAAUAUGAUAUUAUUGCACUGUUGCACCUGUUGCUAAAUCAAUUCUGUUUGUGCUUUGGUAAUCCAGCCCUUUCUUUAGUAAUCAAAAAGAUCAAAUAUAUAUGCUACCUUAAUGCAUUAAUGACCUCUUUUCUAUCGAACUGUAAGUCUGUGUGUACUGCUGCACAACAGAAGUUCUGUAUCUCAAAUAAUCUGUUGCAUUAAGGAUAACACUGCAUGUGAACAGGUGCUGUGCUGGGGUUAUUACAUAUUACCUUGAAGAAUAACAUGAUUCAGUGAAGCAGAAAUAUUGAGGGUUUUUUUAUUGCUUUUACAGCUGAUGAGAAAUACAAAGAAACUCUUCAAGUGUAGAGUUGGAGUUAUGCUAAAGCUCUGGAGGAAAAAUGGGAUUGCAAUGGUUUAUUUGAUGUACAACUUUCAGUUCUGUCUGCUUUUCAGUACUUAUUUAAAGCAUUAAGGUCCAGAAAAAAUGCAAUAUUUAUGUACAUAUUUUGACAAACCUACUGAAAACAAAGUCCUGCUCUGACUUUGUGGGAGAAUGCCAGUGAUUAUGCUUCCUGCAAAUGUUUUAUAUUUCAGCGUGAGCUAGCCCCUUGUGAAAUGUAAGUAUAGUUUGUUUAAAAAAAGGAAAAAGAAAAAAAAAUGACAGUGUUUGUAUAUUAUCUUUGUAUGUGUAUGGUUGUUUACAUAUGCACUCCAUUCAAACCAUGGGAAAUAAAAUUGUUCAAUGUGUCCUUCA